AUUGCAGCACACGCUUUCUUUUGGGUGUUCGACAUCGUGGCCUUGUAAAACCGCGUCGUCAAUUGACAAUUUUUGUUAAUGUUAUUGAUGGUGCGAGGUCGCUUCAGUAUAGUGUUGUCAAUAAAUACUGUACGUGUGCAGGCCCCUUAAAAUACGAGUGCAUUGUUGAUAUGGUUUAUUUCUGGAUCAGUUCUUUGACCAUUCGUUAAAAGACACCGUGAAAAUAUAUUAACGUUAGAAAUACAAUAUAAUGGUGCUUUACAUUCUGCCAACAUUUCCCUAUUCGGUACGAAGCACCACAAAAUUUUGCAUAGCCCAAAACAAGCUAAAAUAAAGUACUUUACUGUCUCUAAAUUCGUUAUGACCUACAAAAUUUUUUCGCUAAUAAUGUAUACAGAAAGUGUAGAAGUCGUAUAGGAAGGAAGGUACGCACCAAUAAAGUUUGUCUGUGGUAUUCACCAAACACCCGCGGUAGACGGGCGUCGAAGUCUUCAUGGAAUGAAAUAAGAGAGGAAAUGAUGGUUUUGGAACCGGAAAUUGAUCCGAAUUUGUGCCGACUUUGUGGUAAAGCAGAUGGCCUUAAAGUUGAUAUAUUUGAUGAAAAACACAAUUAUCAGAAGAAAAUCCAUUCAUUGCUACCAGUUGCGAUAUACGAGUAUGACCCUCUCCCAAAGAAAAUGUGCCAUCGCUGUAUGUUCCAAGUCGAUGGUUUUUAUGAAUUUAGAGAAAAUUGUUUGAAGACUGAACAGUACUUAAAAUUACAGCUUCCAUGGAUGCCACGUAAAGCAAGUAAUGGGAGCACUGAUGAUUCAACACUGAAUAAAGAGCCAAUGGUACACAUAAGUUCACCAACACUGAAUGCGUUCACCAUGGACCAGUGGUUUGUUGCUCGCAACAUGAUAGAGGCCGAUGAUGAUGAUGUUCAAAUAGUGGAUGUAUUUUGCCGACCUCGUCAAUCUAAUGAUAGGACUGCCAGUUCAGACCAACCUGAGGAAAGGCAACUAGACGCAAAUGGUUCAAGACCUACCAGCAAAAUUAAUGAUGGCAAAGCUGGAACUCCUGACUGUGAACAAAAUAUGCCAGCAGAACCAAAAACACUAUUAGCUAUAAAAAGCAGAAUUGAGAAGAGGCAGAAGAAGAGCAAAAUGCAACAACCAAAAGAUUUGUCAGCUACAGAUGCUGUGGCACAGGAAAAUACUGCAAACAGCAGCAGUGAUUGUACAAUGGCUGUAAACACCUUGGCUGAAAAAUCUACAACACAGAGCGUAAUCACCAAGGUUGUUAAUGAAACUGAAAAUUCUCUCUCAAAUAACUCUAUAAACGAACAGCAGCAUGUACAGGAGCAGCAUCAGAAUGUACCUGUCUACACAGUGUAUGAUGAACAGGAAAAUGAAGUGCCUUGUAUUGUUAAACAAAAUGGUAAAUUAUUAAAUAAGGAAGAUCAAGGGAAGUGUAAACUAGUUGUGAAAAACUAUAAAGAGCAAGAACAACACCAAAAAGCUGAAGAACAGCGAGGGGAACAAGCACAACAACAAAAACUUAAAGGUGGCCAGGAACAAAGUGCUCUACUAACACAGGCCCAAAAACCACUGGAGUGUGAUGUGGAGGACAGAACAGUAUAUACUGACGCAUUGCAUACGACCUCUGUUUCUGAAGAUACAGCAUAUCUCAGUGAAAGGGGCAUUGCACAUGUGAGGAAGCAGAUGAAAGAGCAGCAGAAGAAAUCCCUCCAGGUCAGCAUUGGCCCAAGAAGGACUAGUGCUAGCAGAGAAGGAUGCCCAUCUGGCUGUCGACGGCGAAGACCUGGGGCUCAGCAGGCUGACAUGUCUGGCAGUGCAGCUACAAAACUGUCAAAGAUAAACCGAAAACAUGGAGGAUCAUUUUUUAUAUCACAAGAAAAAGAUACUAAUUAUGCAAACAAGCCAGAUGAGGGAGAAAGAAGAGUACUAGCUCCUAAAAAUGUUUUAAAAAUUACCAUUCCAAAGAAUCGCCUCACAGAUGGAGCUUCUGAUGCCAGCGAAGAUGUUUGUAAUAAUAUUUGUAAUUCACAAGAAAAUCGAGAUUCCGAUAAUGGAAAUGUAAACAGAAACAGUAAAGAAUUCCAUAAAUCGUCAGAACUGACAAGUGAACCAUUAGAAGAGAAUAAGACAAUGGAAGAGCGGCCAGGCAUUAUUGUCACACGUAUUCCAGCUGCGUGUGAUAUCUACACUUGUGAAGCUUGUGAGCGUAUGUUUGUGACUCGGGAGACUGCGUAUAGCCACAUGUGUGAUGAAGGGGGAGAAAGCAAUAGCAGUGAGACAGAAACUGGUGGUGAGAUACGAUUAAAAGCAGGUACAUCAGCUGGGGAUUCUGAACGGUAUAGUUGUUGCGUCUGUGGGCAGCGAUUCUCACGCAAUGCUACCCUGGUUGCUCAUCUCAAGGCACACACUAAGGUUUGGUCUGAGAGUGAUGACAGUGAUGGAACUGGCAUUCUCAGAGAUAUUAGUACAGACAGUGAUGACACUGAAAUCCGCGGAAAGGGAAACAGAAGACGUCGCAGAGGAAGCCGCAAAAGUUCUACGUGCCCUAGGAAGUCAGUCAAGCUGUCAUUACCUGUUGUUGUUUAGGUACCUGUGUGAUUUGACUGUACUUUCCAUACAUUAAGCUAUUUUUGUCAUUUAUCUGUCAUUAGCAGUAAUGAAUGACUUUUUAAGGGCAUAUUAUAAGUUCUUGAAAGGCAUAUAUUUAUUUUUCCUUUAACUGAUUUUUGUAUCAGAUUUUCUUACUUGUCUUGUGUAAAUAAUUUGGUAAAACCUUGCCAAAUGCAGUCUUUUUAUGUGUAUAAUACAUACAAAUUCUGCAGAUGCAUAAGAACUUAAAAUAUAAAUAGGGCAUUUAGAAUGGCCUAUAAUGGCUAAUAAUGAUCGUCUCCACAAGUAAGUGUAUUGCACUUAAGUGUGGCUGGUACAGAGCCCUUAAGUUUCUGUUGUUACCAGUUAUUUUAUUCAGAGAUUUGUGGUCAUUUGUUAUGUGUACAAAUUUUUGUAAUGGUUGUUAUUUUUUUAUUAUUUAUGAUUAUUCUUAUAUAAGAGUUUUAUCACUGUUACAUAGUCAUAGGUUUAAUUAUAUAGUCUUACAACACAAAAGAUAAUGCUUGCUUUCCAAUUAAGCUUUUGAAUGUGUAUUGUGUGUUUUACUGUCAGUAGUUCAUAUUGAUUUCGUCUGUCUCAAUUACCAAUUACAUUUUGUCACUUUCUAGUUUACACUGUUUGCAGAAAUUGAGAACAAAAUGUAUGGUAUGCUUAUCAUGAGAUUUUAUACUGCCAAAGUGUGUGUAUUUAUUAAUUUUUUGAACAUUUGAUUACUAUAUAUGUGUGUCGAACUGAUAUGAGUUUCCUAGUGCCACUAUUAGGAUAUGAAACUGAGAUAAGUUGAGAUAUUUUAAAAUAGCUCAGAUACAGAUUUUUGAAAAAAUCUUACGAACUUUUUUAUUUUCUAUAAAAUGGAAAAAAUGGGAGAAAUCAUCAUGAGUGUGUAGCCAGUUUUCAAAAAUUGGAUGAUGAUGAUGAUGAUGAUGAUGAGAAACAAAGUAUUUACAUUAUUCUUCCACAAUUGUCUCUUUUACAAAAUAACAGUUAUAAUACAACUGUUGCCUUCAGUUUUAGUGAUGUCUUUUCUCUCAUUUGCCUUACAAGUGAAUCCACGAACAUGAGAAAGUUGAAUCAUGUAAGUUAACUUUUUGAUGAGUAACAUAGGUCCCAUAGGUCCACUGCAGCACACGAAUGAGACUCAUUCAGCAGUUUGUGCAGCUUUGUCUGUGAAUUUUAUAUCUGAAUGAAACUAAAGCUUCCAUGAUCAUACCUUGCAGGCUUUCACAAAACGUUAUGCACCGAGGCAUGCCUUAGAUUGUGGCCUAAUGACCAUAUAACAAAAAUCACCAAGUAUGUAAAGCUUCCAUUAUUUGAAUUCUGUAAACUUUUGAUAUGUGAAAUGAUUAUUUACAGGAAAUAACUAAAACAGAAAUUUUUUAGUAUGUCAAGUAUAUUUUUGAGAGAGUCUUAAAAUGCCUGUAUUUAUUUAAUAUGAGAAGUUGUCUUCCUUUGUAAUUUGAACAGUUUUUUUAUCAUGAUCAGUAGUGUAUUAGUGUUUCUUUGCCUUUAUUUCUCUAAAGAACUAGAGAUUUGUAGAUGGGAAGAACAAUGUUUACUUGCCCAUUGAAGAUAAUGAGUACUACAUCCACAUCUACAUCUACAUGGAUACUCUGCAAAUCACAUUUAAGUGCCUGGCAGAGGGUUCAUCGAACCACCUUCACAAUUCUCUAUUACUGAACAAAAGUUGAAGAUGGACUACAAUCGUCUUGCAGAUGAAUCUUGGGUAGCAUGCAGGCACACCUAAAGGGUCACCUCAGUGUGACACAGUAGUCAGACUGAAUCCAAAGGUCCAGGAUCCAGUCCUUGGUUGGUCAUAGGAUAUUUUUUCCUACCAAUUAUCACUUCUUUCGCCUGGAAAUGAGGGACAUACCACUACAGUAGGGACAUACCACUACAGUAGAACCUGUCUAGAUCACUGCCACAUUCAGACCAACUUUCAGGUUGAGAACUACUUUACUUUGUAGUGCAAUUCUAUGAUUUUUAUUUUUGUCAAUUUUAGUGUGCCUAAGCAUCAUCCUUCAUUCAUCUGCUAAUGAAUGAUUGACUUGUAAUUUUUUAUUACCUUCUGGGAAUUUCUGGCAUGGAAAUUAUCAAUUUGUAGUGUAAAAAGAGUCAGUAGGUGCAAUAGAAUUUGAAAUAUUUGUGAAAAGUUGAAAUUGUUUGCUGGACUUGGACUUAAACCAGAAUACUUGCUUCUGCCAGGCAGUGGGCUGAAUUGCAUUAAUUGUGCAUACCUCAUAGACUGAUUUAAGAUUUUCAGUUCUUGCAUGUUUCCCACCUCUUCCAGGUUGAGAAUGCUAGUCUGGUAUAAAAAUUUAAGUUGUCACAAUUAUUUCAUCACACUUAAUUUCAGCUAAGAGUAGAAAAACUUUUAUUCCUCAAAAGAUGGUAAUUAAAAUUUACUUUAUCUGUUAAAAUCAGUAACUCUUGUUGACUCUUUUUGUUAUCCAAUAUAUGAUGCUGUCAUAGUGUUUCUGGUUUUCUUUUCAUAAUAUUUGUAUAAACUUGUACUGAUGUUGUUCAGUUGUUUUUGAAAGUUUUUUUGUAAAAGAACAAAUUGUGCACUUAUCAGUGUUUAAACAAAAUGACUUGUUUGAACCACACUUAACAGCAUAGGAGGUUCUGCUGUGGUUUUACCAACAGUGCUCAAGAAAUACUAAAUUAUUAUCAAUGAAUAAAUAGCAACAUAAAGCUUCCAAUAGCUUAAGUGUAAUGACUUUUUAGAUGUGUAUUUGAUGAUCUCUUUUUCUAGUUAUGUAU